UAUUGUUUACUCAUACAUCCUCCUCAUUCUCUUCUCUUGUACCAAUCUCAAGCUCUCAAAUUCUUCUAUGAUUGAUAAUUUGGAAAAGCUUGAAGAAGGAUUGGCACGAGCAAGGGCAGCCAUUAAAAAAGCGGCUCAAACUCGAAAUUAUACUUCAGGAGUGAUUUACAGGAAUCCUUAUGCCUUUUAUCAGAGCCACAAAGAAAUGGAAAAGAGAUUCAAAAUAUAUACAUACAAGGAAGGUGAAGCACCAUUAUUCCAUAGAGGUCCAAUGAAUAAUAUAUACUCCAUUGAAGGGCAAAUGCUUAAUGAGUUAGAUGAAGCUGAUCAAAACCAUUUCAUAACUCAUAACCCUAAUCAAGCCUUAGCUUAUCUUAUUCCAGUCAGUAUUACUUCCAUUAUCCGAUAUGUUUACCAACCAUACACAAAUUAUUCAAGGGAACGACUGCAAAAUAUCGUCGGAGAUUAUAUUCGUCUCGUUUCGGAACGUUAUCCUUUUUGGAAUAGAAGUUCUGGUGCUGAUCAUUUCCUCAUUUCUUGUCAUGAUUGGGCACCAGAAGUUUCAGCAGCUAAUCCAAAUCUCUACAAAUACUUCAUUAGAGUCCUAUGCAAUGCAAACGUAUCUGAAGGCUUCGACCCUUCACGAGACGUCUCAAUCCCUGAAAUAUCGAUCCCAUAUGCAAAACUCGGUCCUCCAAUCAUCAACCGAUCGCCCAAAAAGCGGCCUAUCCUCGCCUUUUUCGCUGGUGGCCCGCAUGGUGAUGUUCGAGAAAUUCUCUUCAAGCAUUGGAAAGACAAAGACAAAGACGUACAAGUUUUUGGGUACUUACCCGAAGGUCAAAACUACACCGUUUUAAUGUCACAAAGUAAGUAUUGUCUUUGCCCUAGUGGAUGGGAAGUGGCUAGUCCAAGGUUAAUUGAGUCUAUUUACACGGGUUGCGUGCCGGUUAUUGUGUCCGAUAACUAUACGUUACCGUUUAGUGACGUGUUGGAUUGGAGUAAAUUUUCUGUUCAUAUUCCGGUGGCAAAGAUACCGGAGAUUAAGAACAUUCUAGAAGGAAUUCCUAGAAAGAGUUACUUGUAUUUGCAUAAGAGGGUGUUACAAGUUAGGCCACAUUUUGUGAUCAAUAGGCCCGCUAAACCUUUUGAUGCUAUGUAUAUGAUUAUUCACUCUAUAUGGCUUAGAAGACUUAAUGUAAAACUAGGUCCUGAUGUAAUGUGAAUAGUGAA